AUGCCCCCUGCACCCUUUGGAGCGACUACCCUUGCUUUCGGGGGAUUACCACCCCUCGUGUUUAUUCCCACUGCCAGGCUGAACGCCCACUUGCUGUCCUCCUUCCCCUGUGGAACCAUCACCUCUACACAGCAAGCAGUCCAUGUCAACCCUCUGUCCUUCUACUUCCCCUUCGCAGCUCUAGGAUGGACGGAGACUUCGAUAAGCUUGGUCACGUCCUCUACCUGGCUGGCAAAGACUCUCGAGGUGGUCGUGCUGUUCCGAGACGCUCUCAGCAUCCUAUGCUCUUGCACCAUCAAGCGUCGCUUCCGCCCCUGGAACGUGCAGGCCAAGACCCUCCGCACGAGCGCGCUCGACUUAGCAGCGCAGCUCCGACGCCUAGACAAGAGGAGCUACGUGUGCCUCGACUACAACGAGAUCGCGACCGGCAAGGGGGUCGAGGCGCUGGACGAGCUGCUUUACGACGGGCAUGCGCCGGCGUCGGGCAGUCUCGGGCGGUCUAUACAGGGAGCGCUGAGGCGGCCGAGACAAGCGCCGUCGCCCAGGACGUGCGCGAGCUUCGUGUGCGAGGCGCCGUCAGAGGGACGGAGGUACAGGAUGUCGGAGAGGCAUUGCGCGGACGCCAAGGAGCUACACGACGCGCUAGAGGAGCUGAGACGGGCUUGCCCGAACAAGGUCGAAGCAGACCUGACGAGGUAUGGUGGGGAGGGGCAGGGCUAG